AACAUAUCCCUAGUAUAAAUCUACAGCAUUAAAGCUCUGGUUAUACUGCAUGGUCUGAGACAACUCGUAAUCAGUCCAUCAAGUCUAAUUUUCAUCAAACCCUGAGCACCGUUCCAUCCAUCUUCGCAAGAACGUCUCCUCAAACCAACCGCAAUGGCGCUGGAUCUCCCAAACCACUAUGCUAAACACUUCACACCCACUAUACACUGUUCCAUUCCCUCUAAUAUCGAUCCCACAAAAGUCUCUCUUUCUAAACCCUUCGUCGCUGUCGUAACCGGCGCUGGAAAAGGUCUCGGCUACCACAUCUCCCUCGCCUACGCAAAGGCAGGAUGCACGGGGAUAUCAAUCUCUUCACGCACACAAUCCGAUCUCGAUGCACUAUCCAAGGAACUCAAGUCCAUCAACCCAAAUCUCGAAAUCCUAAGUUCCAUCUGUGACACUCAAUCCGAAGCAAGCAUUCUGGACCUCGAAACAGCCGUCCGAGAGAAAUGGGGCAGAGUCGACGCCAUAAUAGCAAACGCCGGUAUCAUCAGCAAGUACAUCCAAAAGCCCGGAGAAUCCGAACACCAUCUUCCCAUCGGUCUGGAGGACGACAAUGACUGGGCGCGUGUCCUGGAUAUCAAUAUUAAUGGGACUUGGCGUAUUGCGAAAGCAUUUAUGUCGCUGCUGAAAGCUACGACGGAUGGCCCGCAGACGCUGAUUGUGAAUACUUCUCUCGCUGCACAUUCAACAAACUCGCAGCUCUGCCCUAUUGCGUACAAUGUUUCUAAAUUGGCAUGUAACCGUUUCGUCGAGCAUGUUGAUAAUGACCAUCGCGAGAAGGAUGGGAUACAUGCUUAUGCGUUGCAUCCUGGAGCAGUGCUGACGCCGCAGACGGCGGGGCAUACAGGCGAGGUGUGGGGCCCGCUGUUGACUGAUGAUCCGGGACUGGCCGGGGCUAUGUGUGUUUGGUUGAGUAGGGAGAAGAGGGGGUGGUUGAGUGGGAGGUAUGUUACUUGCAAUUGGGAUGUGAAGGAAUUGGAGGGCAUGAAGGAGCGCAUUGAGCAGGGCGAUUUGCUGAAGUUUAGGAUGGCAGUCUAGAGGGCUCUGUGGAGGAAAUAGCAGGUCAAGACAGAUUGCUAAUAUUCGUAAGACAUGAUCAAAGAUAUUCGGGGAGGUGGAAGGAUGCCAUAGAUCGAACCCAAACCGUAGAGAGACCCUCCUUUAUAUUCUCAU